UAGCACAAGUAUUAGACACUUUGAGCUCUGCCACAACUCUACUCAAGUAACUGUAUCAGCAAUGAAGAUACUUUGUAUUUUCCUGACUUUUGUCUUCACUGUGUCUUGUGGUCCAUCAGCUUCACAGAAAACAGCAAGAGAAAUCAAAAAAAGAAAAAGACAAUGUUACCUUGUUCGUGGUACUUGCAAGACUUCAUGCAACAGCCGGGAAUACAUAUAUAAUCACUGCAACAUUGAGCCCUGCUGUGUCGUGCAGGAAUACCAAAAGCCAACCCCUAAACGCAUCACUACUACAGUCUUAGGAAAGAAAAAUGUGCUUCAAAUAGAGAUUGAGGAACCACUAACUGAAGCUUGA